AUGGCGCGAUCCGAAUGUUCGGACCUCGGGGAUGGCCUGCUGAGGGGCAAGGUAACGCGAGAGAUCCUCCAGAAGGCCUUCGGGCCGGCGCUCCUGGCUCUCCUCGAGGAGUUCGCCAAGCAGGAGCAAUCGCGCCACUCGUCGUCGUCCAAGAGGAGAGGCGGGGGCGAGGAGAAGAGGGACGAAGGAAGCCCGGAAGACGCGCGGGGGAUCACCCUGGAUGAUCUCGCCGGCACCGACACUGAAGGCGGAAAGCUUCAGGUGGUGGUUUCCGGGCCGAACGGGUUCGUGUUCUACGUGGAGUCUAUCCUGGCAGAGAUGGGAGUCCCUUCCGAAGCAAUCGUCUUCCUCGACUGACGAGUGACCUUAAACCGGCCGGGUUGCUGGUUGCUGUUGUGGUGGUCGAGUUUGUUUUUUUUUUGUAUCCUAAUAUGAUUUGAAUGCGACGCUGUCUCGCACUGAGGUUGUUGUAGGUGUGAGUGUUUUUGUUGUUGUUAUUGUUCACUUUGUUAUAUGUUUGGGAAGGACCCGAUACCACAGCAGUGCUGGUUUGGUGUCAUUUUUCGUUCCAAGUGUUUUUUUGGCGCCCGCAAUUAAGAAACGCUUGUUUCAGGGCCAGGCUCGAAUUUCUGUUGUGGGAACUCAGCGUAUGUCGUUCGAUUUCUGAUGUCAAGUUUCUUAUUUUUCCUGCGGCCAAAUCCUGCUGAAUUUCUUAAAUCGGCUUUUUUUUUUUCUCUGCUCACGAGGACUGGCGGAGAGCACCAUCAAAACCGUACAGUAGACAGCAUAUCGUAGUUCGCAGCCUGUCUGGUGUGCUGCGCCAGAGCCGGAGCGCCAGAGAGUGCCAGAGCCGGCAAGGGGCCGGAGGGUGUGCCCCAAAACAACACACUCGUCGUAUAACCAAUAAUGCACUUGGGAGGGGGGGGGUAGUGGGAGAGGGGGGAAAGAGCGAGAGAUGGGAGGAGCUGUGAGGUUUUUCUUAUUCGACACACUCUCCCGCAACCCCUCGUUUCUUACGUAAUAGGGCGGCAGCGGUCGCCGCUGUUUCUUGUUGAGACAUUUCUUGUUGUGUGACCCAGACUGGGAUAUGUUUUCUUAACCCUAUUUUCUUAUUUUAUGUGGAAAAAAGUAAGCCUCUAAUUCUUCAAAAAAAAAACUUAAAAAAAAAUCUCGUUUCUUCAUGCGUGCAUUUGUCGGGCACCAAUAGCUCUGUAUAAGGAAAACGUGGUGCGAUAACAUUUUCCCCUUCGGGGGCCCUUUUGCAUCUGUCCUUGGGUUAGCCAUGGGUACGCAGAAGGGGGACAAAUAGAGAUUUGACGCACGUGUAAGCGAGGAGGGAGGGGGCGCGGAUCGCCCAUGAUCGCCGCAAGUUUGCUCUCGUUCGAAUGGGGUGCACGCUAGGGAACCAUGACCAUUUCGUUUCCGGAGGUGUGCUAGGAAAACCGCCACUUCAUGAGAAGAAGGAGGCUGUUUGUAGAUUUCACGGUUUGCACGACAUGGGAGCUGCCUGCCCAUCCGGCUCAGGCACAUGUACUCCCGUUGCAUGUAUCUAUACACGGGCGGUCGGAGGGACCGGUCCGUUCAUGUGUUAAGUCUUUGAGCGAGCUACGGGAGGGACAUGGCUAAGCACCCUCCCCAGCCCCCAUCGACCUAAAGUUUGAAACAUUCGACAUGCUUUUAUUUUUGUUGGUGGUUCUUCAUGGGGACAAGAAGGCUUGAUGAGCGAGGGGGGGGUGUGCUCGUCAUUCUGACCGACGUCUUGAGACCACGGACCAUCGCAUCUCUCUCUCUGUCUCUCUCUCUGCAAAGCCGUGUUAAAAUGUGUGCUCAGCAGGGAGAACGUUGCUUGUGGGUGCAUGACUAAAUGCGGAGAGCGACGCUACAUACGGCCCGAUUUUGUUUUUUUUAUUGGAUGUCGGCUCCAGAACAACGCGUCUCGGUGUGGUACGCACACGCACUAUUUGUCAGUUGGGCUGUCUACUUUCGAAUUCGCCUGUAGUUAAUGAAUAUUGGUGCGUUUUCUUUCAUCUUGUAUCGACAACGCCAACCGUCUUGACCAAAGAAUAGUCGCCAGUCUAUUUUUUAGCGGGAUGAAAAAUUUGUGUGCGUCGUAGUUGUGUUGACGGUAUUUCCGCCAUGCCCGUGGCUUCAGUUUUUGGAUUGGGUCGAGUGGGGGCUAAAGCUCUUGAUUCUCCAUAGGAUUUCAGGCGGCCAUGAGCAUAUCGUGUGUUCGAAGAAAACCGUACGAGCAGCGGGUGUCGAAUUUGAAAAGCGGAGUUUGUCGAAUACGAGUAGUAGGUGCUUCCACCUUCUACCGAACAUUGCGGUGGUGGUGGUUAGCUGGUUGGCCGCGCUUGUAUGCCUAGGUUGUUCUGUUUUUUUUUUUUUGUCGGUGUGUCUGGAUCCCCACGCCGUUUUUUUUCUUUGUUUCGGAAAAAUGCGCUGCGAUCGAUGCGUCGCACAUUGUUUCCCUCCUUCGCGUGUGACGGAAACUAUACGGAAUAUACACCCGCAGGACGCCUAAACUGUAAACAGACGGACCUCGCCUGCCGUAGGGCAAGAGGUAGUAAAUCCUGCCACGUGUGUUUGUUUGGUUUCCCCAGAAAACACAAAAACCAUCAUCUGUGAGAUGAUCUGGAUCGGCUAUUAUAGUUAAUCUCUCUCUGAUGCUAUGUGCGUUUUCUGAACGAUAUCGACCGCCCUGGACUAUUGACGGAAGUCUCUCGGCGGGCUGGGACUACUACGAACGUGGCAGAAGUUGGUUGGGGAAGUGGAGUUUCUCACAGUUUUGCGCUACUGGUUUGUGCUUGCUGUCCUCGAGCGGGUCGGACAUUUAAUC